ACUCCAAAUGUAAAGAUGCACCGGUCCCGCGCGUGAGCGUCAGGUACUGCUCUCCAAAUGCAGAGUCGAGAUUCAAGAGAUCCAGAUGGAAGAAGAGCUCAAGUGCCCUGCGUGUAAACACCUUUUCAAGAAUCCGGUCCUACUACCUUGUUGUCACUCUCUCUGUCUAAACUGUGCCCUUCAAAACCAGCAGCAAGCUCAGCACCUUCAGCCACCGUCAGACGACAGUGACAGUACAGCAGACUAUCCCGACGGAGACAAGUUGAGUCUAGUGAGUGAAACCGAUAGCGGAGUAGUGUGUAACAGCCGGCCGAGUAGCUAUGUCGGAACCCCUAACCUCCUGUUUCCUCCUCUCCAGAGCAGCUCCUUGUCCCUGGGCUGCCCGGUCUGCCAGAAGGUGGUCUACUUUGAUGAACACGGAGCCAACAACCUGCAGAAGAACAAGACGCUCCAGAACAUCGUUGACAAAUACGGAGAAAGCAAGCAGUUACCAAUCCACUGCCAGUUGUGUGAAGACGAACCCAAGGAGGCGACAGUAAUGUGUGAACAGUGUGAAGUGUUCUACUGUGACAUUUGCAGAGAUGGCUGCCACCCGGCUCGAGGGCCUCUAGCUGCCCAUUCACUAGUCAGUCCACAGCAGGGAAAGGCCUUCCUGAGAUCCAAAAAUAAAGAGAAAAAGACCAAUUGUGGGGAACAUCCGUCAGAAACACUGGGGAUGUACUGUAUGCUGUGUAAAGUAGCAGUGUGUGGCGUAUGUUUAAAAAACGAUAGACAUGCUAACCAUGACGUUCAAGCUCUAGUAGGAAUGUGUAAGGCUCAGAAGACGGAGCUGUCUCAGAAUCUCCAAGCGCUUUCCGAAAAGGCUAAAGGAGCGACAGAAUUCAUCCAGAAAUUGAAGGGAAUGGUGGAUAAAGUACCGGACAACUGUGUUCAGUUUGAAAAUAGCAUCUCAGCGCACUGUGACUAUCUAAUUGAAGCUAUACACAGAAGAAAAUUACAGUUAUUGGAGUUUGUCCAUCAAGAACGAGAUUCAAAAAUCAAAACUCUCCGGGAACAAAUAGCAGCUUGUGCGUCAAAGCUCCAGCAAACCACGGGACUGCUCCAGUUCUGUAUUGAAGCCCUGAAGGAAACUGACGCAACCGCUUUUCUUCAGGUUGGACCUUCUCUAGUAGACAGAGUAGCUCAUAUGGAUAUGACAUGGCACAAAGAGGUGACAUUCACGCCAAGAAUAUCAGAAGAAAUUGACCUUACCCUUGACCACCUUUCUGUUCUACAAAGUAUUGAAUUACUGACUUUCGCCCAGUUGAAAGCGCCAGGUCCACCUGUUUUAAUACCAGAAGAAUGUACAGCAGAAAACAACACUAUUACUGUUGCUUGGCAACCACAUCCUUCAAGUUUCGUUGAAUAUUAUCAACUCGAGUUAGCUGAAGUAAACAAAGGAGAUUUCAAGGAAGUUUACUGUGGCUCCGACACUAUCUGUAGGAUAGAAACUCUCCUCUUUAACACAUUCUACAAUGUUCGAGUCAGAGCAGUGAACAACAUAGGCCAGAGUGAUUUCUGUGAAGCGGUAUCCAUAAGGACCGAUGAAGUGGCUUGGUUUAGUCUGGACCCUGUAACUGCCCAUCCUGAUAUCAUCCUGUCCAAUGAGAACCAGACUGUCACGUGCGAUAGCUAUGAACAUCGAGUGGUGCUGGGUAGCCUGGGCUUCUCACAAGGAGUCCAUUAUUGGGAAUUCACUGUUGAUAAGUACAACACGAAUGCUGAUGCAGGAUUUGGCGUUGCCACCCUGGAUGUUGCUAAGGAUAUGAUGCUGGGUAAGGAUGAUAAAGGAUGGAGUAUGUAUAUUGACUACCAGAGGUCGUGGUUUCUCCAUUCUGAUCGACAUGACAACAGGACAGACGGAGGUGUAGGCUCCGGAUCGGUAGUUGGAGUGUUAUUGGAUCUGGAUCAACAUCAGCUUAGUUUCUAUGUUAACGAUGAACGUCAAGGCCCAAUCGCUUUUACUGAGCUCCACCAGGGGAUGUUAUAUCCCGCAGUCAGUGUGAAUAGGAACGUCCAAGUUACUGUCCAAACAGGACUUGAUCCUCCUACAGACAGCAGUGACCACGAAAGUGAAGGAGAAGGGAAAGGCGUUGGAUAACUAUUUACAUCAAGAUGACUUAAGAGAGAGUGUUUGCAAAAAGUUAGCAAAAAAUAAACGGAUUAAAUUAUCACUUCUACAAGACGAUACUGUGAAUGUUUCUGUUAUCUCCAACAACUUCCAAAAAAUUGAAAAAAGGUAAGACUCUUUUUCCUCAUGAUGAUGUUAUUAUUUAUAAUCUCGAUUUGAACGUUCAAAGUCAAUUGUUUGUAUUGUAUGAAUCUACCUGUUUGUAGUAUGUUUAUUUAUGAAAAUAUCCUAUCUGUUAGUUCUCUGUAUUUUAACUGUAAGAAGUCUGAAGAUAUGUAAAUAAAUUGGACGUUCUGGAAGAUUCA